CUACACUAAAAAAAGAAAACCCCAAAAAAAAAAAAAAAAAAAUGUCGCUUUUCCUCCAUUCUCCACUCCCUUUCAAGCCAUCGGCACUCUUGAAAUCUCAUAAUAAAAACGGAAGCGUUUUGGUUCGGGCCGCAACGUCCGCUCCACCGCAGAAGAAAACUCGCAGAAGAAGGCAGCAAAAAAGAGGUGAUGAUUCUUCAUCUUCUUCAAAUUACGUCGCCGUUUCGUCGGCAGAGCAGGGGCUUAGAUUUAUAUUCAUGGAGGAGUUGAUGCAGCACGCUAGGAAUCGUGAUAUGGAGAAGGUUAAUAAUGUCAUUUAUGACAUGAUUGCCGCCGGGCUUAGUCCCGGCCCAAGGUCCUUCCACGGGCUCGUCGUGGCCCAUGUACUUAAUGGCGAUGAUCAAGGCGCGAUGCAAUCACUCAAAAGGGAGUUGAGUGCAGGUCUCGUCCCUCUCCGGGAAACACUUGUCGCACUUAUUCGUUUGUUUGGGUCCAAUGGACAUGCUACCAAAGGCUUAGAAAUCCUUGCAGCAAUGGAAAAGUUAAACUAUGAUAUUCGCCAAGCAUGGCUGAUUCUUGUUGAGGAGCUUGUUAGGAACAAGUUUUUGGAAGAUGCCAACAAAGUGUUCUUGAGGGGUGCCAAAGGUGGGCUGAGAGCUACCAAUGAACUCUAUGAUCUUAUGAUUGAGGAAGACUGUAAAGCUGGGGACCAUUCCAAUGCCCUAGAAAUUGCCUAUGAAAUGGAGGCUGCUGGGCGGAUGGCAACCACUUGUCAUUUCAACCAUCUUCUAAGUGUGCAAGCUACUUGUGGAAUACCUGAAGUAGCUUUUGCAACAUUUGAGAACAUGGAAUACGGAGAAGAUUAUAUGAAACCUGAUACUGAGACUUAUAAUUGGGUGAUUCAAGCAUAUACACGAGCUGAAUCUUAUGACAGGGUGCAAGAUGUUGCUGAAUUACUUGGCAUGAUGGUUGAAGAUCACAAACGUUUGCAACCUAAUGUGAAAACCUAUGCGUUGUUAGUGGAGUGUUUUAUCAAGUACUGUGUAGUAAAGGAAGCUAUUCGACACUUUCGUGCACUUAAAAAUUAUGGAGGGGGAACAACAUAUUUACAUCACAAGGGAAAUUUUGGGGAUCCACUGUCUUUAUAUCUACGGGCUUUAUGCCGAGAAGGAAGGAUUGUUGAGUUACUAGAAGCUUUAGAAGCUAUGGCGAAAGAUAAUCAAUCCAUUCCACCAAGAGCCAUGAUCUUGAGCAGAAAAUAUCGGACAUUAGUUAGCUCAUGGAUUGAACCUUUACAAGAAGAAGCUGAACUGGGAUAUGAGAUUGACUACAUUGCUAGGUACAUUGCAGAAGGUGGGCUUACUGGUGAACGAAAGCGAUGGGUGCCUCGAAGAGGAAAAACUCCUUUAGAUCCUGACACUGUUGGAUUUAUAUAUUCAAGUCCUAUUGAAACCUCCUUCAAGCAAAGAUGUCAAGAGGAUUGGAGGAUGUACCAUCGAAAGCUUUUAAAAAAAUUGCAGUAUGAAGGACGUGCAGUUCUGGGGGAUGUGUCCGAAUCUGAUUAUGUAAGAGUUGAAGAGAGACUAAGGAAAAUAAUAAAGGGUCCAGAGCAGAAUGUUAUAAAGCCCAAGGCUGCUAGUAAAAUGGUAGUGUCUGAGUUGAAGGAAGAGCUAGAAGCACAAGGUCUGCCAACUGAUGGAACUAGAAAUGUUCUUUACCAGCGUGUCCAAAAAGCAAGAAGAAUUAAUCGCUCUCGAGGUCGACCUCUUUGGGUUCCACCUGUGGAGGAGGAGGAAGAGGAGGUUGAUGAAGAGCUAGAUGAGCUGAUUUCACGGAUCAAACUGGAAGAAGGAAACACUGAGUUCUGGAAACGUCGAUUUCUUGGGGAAGGCUUGAAUGAUGAUCACGAUAAGACUAUGGACAUGAAUGAAUCAGAACUUCCAGAUGAGUUGGAUGACGAUGUUAUAGAUGUAGAAGAUGCUGCAAAGGAGGUUGAAGAUGAUGAGGCUGAAGAAGAUGAGGAAGUAGAACAACCUGAGACUGAGUCCCAAGAAGUAGAUAGGGUUAAGGAGAAGGAAGUUGAAGCCAAGAAUCCUCUUCAAAUGAUCGGAGUCCAGCUGUUGAAAGAUUCUGAUGAAGCAACUACCACAUCAAAAAGAUCUAGCAGAAAAAUGUCCAAAAUGGUGGAGGAUGAUGAUGAUGAUGACUGGUUUCCAGAGGAUGUGUUUGAAGCAUUCAAGGAGAUGAAGAAAAGGAAGGUGUUUGAUGAAUCUGACAUGUAUACAAUAGCUGAUGCUUGGGGUUGGACAUGGGAGAGAGAACUGAAGAAGAAACCUCCUCAAAAAUGGUCACAGGAAUGGGAAGUUGAGUUGGCAAUUCAAGUUAUGCAGAAGGUAAUAGAAUUGGGUGGAAAACCUACAAUUGGGGACUGUGCGAUGAUAAUAAGAACAGCUAUAAAGGUUCCUCUGCCUUCAGCUUUCUUGAAGAUCUUGCAGACAACACAGAGUCUUGGUUAUGUAUUUGGCAGUCCCCUUUAUGAUGAAAUAAUCUCGUUAUGCCUUGACCUGGGAGAACUGGAUGCAGCCAUUGCAAUAGUUGCAGACAUGGAAACUAGUGGAAUCACAGUCCCUGACCAAACAUUGGACAGGGUAAUAUCCGCUAGACAGAUGGGUGAAAACUGAAAUUCAGGUUGAUAAUGCAUCACCAUAGCUGCAAAUAUAUACAGUCCUUCAUUCUUUUUGUAUAGUCUGAUUUCAAAAAUCGAAAGUACCAGUGUCUAGCAGUUGUAGUAGUUCUGUAGCAAGUGUAACAUUUUCACAUUUUGGCAAUGGCAAGUAUCAAAUGUAAAAGUCUUUUUUUUUUUU